AUGCCUCUGGUGAAGAGGAACAUUGAACCUCGUCACCUGUGCCGUGGCGCUCUUCCUGAUGGGGUGACCAGCGAGCUGGAAUGUGUGACCAACAGCACCUUGGCUGCCAUCAUCAAGCAGCUGGGUAGCCUCAGUAAACAUGCUGAAGACAUAUUUGGAGAACUGUUCAAUGAAGCCAAUAGUUUCUAUUUGCGGAUGAACUCCCUGCAGGAGAGGGUGGAUCUUCUGGUGAUCAAGGUCACUCAGUUGGACUCGACGGUGGAGGAAGUUUCACUGCAAGACAUCAACAUGCGGAAAGCGUUCAAGAGCUCAACUGUGCAGAACCAGCAGGUGGUCUCUCGGAACUCCAUCCCUAACCCCGUGAUGGAGAUGUACCAGCGCUGUGACAAGCCGCCUCCGCUCAACAUCCUCACGGCAUACAGGGACGACAAGAAAGAUGGCCUCAAAUUUUACACCGACCCUUCAUAUUUCUUCAACUUGUGGAAGGAGAAGAUGCUGCAGGCGACUGAGGACAAGAGAAAGGAGAAACGCAGGCAGAAGGAGCAGCGGUUAGUGGAAGAUUCCACCCGGGAGGUGAAGAAAGUGAGAAAAGCCCGCAACCGGCGCCUGGAGUGGAACAUGAUGGCAUAUGAUAAAGAAUUCCGGCCCGAUAACAGGUUCUCACCAUCCCCAUAUCACAUGGCCUCAUCGGAAGGAUCACUGUCCCCAGAUAAUAGAUCUUAUGCGUCAGAUGCAGCUGAUCACUCAUACCCGGCCAGUCCUAACCACCCUGCACAGCAGAUAUUAGCUCCAGCCUCACACCUGUCAACAGACAACAAAGAGAUCAUCCUGGUAGCUAACCAGGCCCAGGAACAUGUCUACAGGCCCUCAGCAGCAGGAAGCCGUCAGAACAGUCUCAACCGAGUCCAGCAGCCCCAUGUGCCGCAGCAUCCAGAGACUAUAUUGAAUGGACCAAGACCUCAGAUAGUCAAGGAGUAUGGUCCCCAGCAGAUGCCCCUGGCAGAAUACUUUGUGCCUCCUGCUCCUCCGCCCCCGCCCCCUGUGAUACCCUCUGCUCAGACUGCCUUCGACAGCCCCAUCUCAGCACCUCCUGCCAUGGCGCCCAGCGCUGCAGCCUCCGUGGCUCACUCGUCAUAUGCACCUUCCCCGCCUCCAGCUCCACCCUGCCCAUAUUCUGCUUCCCCCCCUCAGACUGGCCCGAUGGGGCCCCCCGUCGCACCUCCCCCACCUCCACCCGGUCCUCCAACAGUCGCUGCCUCGCCGGCUCACUCGGCAUCGCCCCCGGCGGCGGCGGUUGAACCUCGGAAACCUCAGAUCCCUCUGAUACCAAUGAGCGAUGCCAGGAGCGACCUGCUUGCUGCGAUUCGGAGGGGAAUUCAACUCCGGAAAGUCCAGGAACAGUGGGAGCAGGAGGCGAAGAAGGAACCGGUUGGCAAUGAUGUAGCCACUAUCCUGUCCCGCAGGAUUGCAGUGGAGUACAGCGAAUCCGACGAUGACUCAGAACUGGACGACAAUGAGUGGUCAGAUUAA